AAAAUGGCCGACCGUCAACCAACUGACUUUCCAGCGCUUUAAAAACGAAUUCUUCUGCACAUUAGCUAGGUUUACAUUAUCAUAGUACUUACUUAGAAAUCAAGAGCACCAACAAGUAUAUUUCUUUGUUAGCCACAUAACGUUACCUCAUUAUUCGUUUAGGGGCUGCUGAUUUUCAAGUAGCCUCGAAUGACAAAAAAAAAAAACGAGGAUUUCGCACUGAAGCACUUCAGUCACAGAUGAAAGAGGAAAUAAUCUUAGCUUUAGUUAGCUAGCUCUAUUUCAUAUGUGAUUCCUGAGAAAGGAGUAUCAGGAAAGGGAACAGUAGUUCAUGGAAGACAAGAAAAGGAAGAAAGACGACAAAAGGAAAAGGGAAGCAUCUCAGAAGGUUGCAGAGCAAAAAAACAAAGUGCCAGAAUUGACCAAGCCCUUGUCCACCCAGUCUCCUGUUGCCCCCAGCUCUGCUUCCCCCAGCCCUGGACCCACCCCCUCGGCAUCCUCCUCCCCUGCCACCGCGGCUGCAGGCGGCGCCCCCCCUCAGGGCGGGAACAAUGCGAAGCGGCCGGCGGUGGCCAGCGGACAGCCCCCCACAGCAGGCACCCAGGCCCCCCAGCGCUACAUGCCCCGCGAAGUGCCCCCGCGAUUCCGCUGCCAGCAAGACCACAAAGUGCUACUGAAGAGGGGCCAGCCGCCGCUGUCCUCCAUGCUACUGGGUGGAGGGGGCGGAGGGGGAGACGGCCCCAACGCAACCAUGGCUGCUGCCUCAGAUUCCAGUCCAGGCUAUGUGGGUCCAGCUGCACCCUCACUGCCCCUCACCUCAUCAUCCUCUUCAUCAUCAAUUGCUGCUUCUUCUACUUCUUCAAAUUAUGCAAAUUCCAUGUGGGGGACGGGCUCUGGCAGCCUGCCCUCCUCUCAGGGCAGGGAGAAGGUCAUCGUGGACGGCUCGGACCUCGAGGAGUGGCCUAGCAUCGCCCAUGGUGACGGGAGUGGAGGAGGUGGAGCUUCAGGGCCAGGAAGCGGUAGUGAGUCGUCGGGGGAGGGAGGUGGUGGAAUGCCGAACAGCUGUGCCUCAUGGAAAGGUGGUGAUCCUGGCAGUCCUUCACCCACUUCCUCGUUCUCAAUGUCCAAUGAAUGUAUGCUGUCCGGCAGUGUGGUGUGGGGGUCUGCUGCCUCACAGGGUCCUGUAGAAGGGAAUGCAGCCCCAGGGACGUCAUUGCCACCCAUUCCCAAAUCCUCCCCUCUGCCAGUGGGCCCUGAUGGCUCCCUUGGUGGCAGUGGGGGGAUCCCUGGUGCCAACUUCAACCCAAAUGCCAACCCUACCGCCUGGCCUGCCCUAGUGCAGCAGGAUGGAGCUGGGGCAGCUUCCUCUGAAGGGGCCCCCCCCUCUUCCUUCCUCCAGAGCCAGGUUGGGUCUCUGUCUGCCAACAACCCUCCCCCGGCCCUGGGGAACCAACCUCUAGCUUUGAAUCAAUCUGCUCAUCAGCACCAACUUCACCAAAUGCAACCCAGAGACAGAGAGCACCAGUCGGACGGGGGCUGGGGUGGAGCGGCACUGGAGACCGGAGCAGGACCAAAAAACGUGGGGACAGGGGAGGGAGCCAAUAUAGACUGUGGGGGAGGAGGCAACGGGGGAGACAAUCUCUCUGCUUCCCAAACCUCUUCCUCCUGGGGAGGCCAGCCUUUCCCCGCUGCUAACUCCAAAACGGGUGCGUCAAGGACUGAUGGUUGGGAAGGGGGAGCUGCUGAGGGUGAUGGAGGCUCGCGGUGGGGGUACAGCGCUCAGGGGGGUAAUGGAGGGAAAGCCUGGGGCGCUGGAAGUGGGGGUAACACUCAGACCGCCGGGGUAUCUCAGGGAGGGUGGGGAGGAGGAGAGCGAGGGUCUUCAGUUGGAGACUGGGGAGGUAAUUCAGGUGGGAUGGGUGGAAGUGGUGGAGUUGGCAAUUCAGGAGGGGAGGCUGGUGGUGGUGUCGGCGGCCGCAGCAGUAGCAGCAGCAGCAGCGGGGGCAGCAUCGGCAACCCCCCUGCCGCCGCCUCUUCUCCCAAAUCAUCCACCACUACGACAAGAGCUUUGGACAAUCAGAAGGGAGUUGGAGUGGGGGACGGAGGGGCAGAGGGGGACACAGGGGAGUGGGGGGGGGGCCGGGCUGGAAGAGGUCAUUCUUCAUCCAGCGGUGGAGGAAACUCCAGAGGUGGCGGCAAUCACAAUCAACACCAUGGGUAUGGCCACCACCGGUAUUCCCACCCCCCACCACCCAACCCUGAAGUGGCCUUACAGGCAAUGCUCAGCCGCAAUGACCUGGACCCGCGCGUCCUCUCCAACACGGGCUGGGGCCAGACCCAGAUCAGACAGAACGUGGCCUGGGACCUAGAACCAGGAAAAGGAGGUUCUGGGUUGUCUGCUUCAUCCAAAAACUCUCCACCUCCCAUUGGUCCGUCUUCUCAGUACUCCACUGGCUCUGCUACAACUACUGAUUCUCCUUCCCUUCUCCCUGGCUCAGCUCCCAACCUGAACUCCAAUCCUUCCCUGGGGACCUCUGGUGGCUCUGGGGAAGGCUGGGAGAGUGGUGGUAACAGCAGCAGCGGUUGCAGCAACUCCCUACCCAACCGAGGACCACCUCACCCGGGAUCCAACAUGAGGAAUCCUUCUGGUAUCACACAAUCUGCGUCAAUGACCACUGGAGCAGGUAUGGGAGGAGGAGGAGGCCUUGGACCAGGCCAGGGGAAGCCUACAGGAGGCUGGGGUGGGGUAGGACCAGGGGAGAGCCAAGGAAAAGGAUGGGGGAACGAAGGAUCAGAGUGGGGUGGAGGGAGGGAACAGCGAGAGGCCAAAUCAAGCAUUGGAGGAGGAGGAGGAUGGGGAGAGGAAAGGAAAGGUGGGGGAGACUCAGAAGUCGGUACGUGGGGUAGCUGGGACGAGGGAGCCCCGAGGAGAGCCUGGGGGGCAGGAGGUACAUGUGGAGGAGGGGCAGGUGUGGACAUGGGAGGCAACAAACCCCACCAGGGGCGUUGGGGUGGAGGGGGGGGUGGGAAAAUGCACCCGUCACAGAUGCCAAACAGCCAGACAGCCUCUCUGAAAGGCCCCAUGGCACAAAAGCAGCAGCACCAAUCACAGCCCCAGCAGCAGCCGCUACCGCAGCAAGCGCUGGACCCAGGGGACAUGCAAGGAGGAGGGGGCUGGGGGAGACCAUCGGGCCCCCAGGCCCAAAACCAAAGCAGCUCAGGCUGGACGGCCGGACCCAUCCCCAGCGGUCCUAAUGAAGGGGAGGGGCCGCAGUCCAGCGGGUGGGAGGAACCUUCACCACAAUUCAUUAGCAGGAAGAUGGACAUUGACGAUGGGACGUCGGCUUGGGGAGACCCCAGCCAGUUUAAUAACAAGGCUGUCAACCUGUGGGAGAAGAACGGCGUUCCCGCUGGUCAGCAGCUGCCAAUGCACGGCCAGGGGCCAGGACCACCGGCCCAACAGCAGCAGCCUGGGCCUCCAGCUCUACAGCAGCAACCUGGGCCUGGGAGGCAGCCCACUGGGAUGGGAGGCAGGGACAUCAACCCUGGCCAUGGACCUGGAUCUGGGAAAGCUCCAGGGAUGGCGCCAUCGUCUGGCUGGGAUGGUGGCUCUCCCUCAGACCCCCCGGUGGACAACGGCACCGCAGCCUGGGGGAAGCCCACUGAGACCCCCACCGGCUGGGGAGACCCUGGGGAGGAACCUGGGAAGAACACCUCUGGCUGGGGAAACCCCUCACCCAACCCCAUCAAAUCUGCAGGUUCAAAGUCUAUGCAAGAAGGAGGCUGGGGUGAGGGAGACCAGGGCUCGGUGGCGGCCUCGCGUCACUCCAGCUGGGAGGAAGAGGAGGAGGGAGGAGCAGGGGUGUGGAACAGUGUUGGGUCCCAGGGCAGCAGCUCCUCCUACAACAGUGGGGGCUGGGGCCAAGGUCACGGGGGCAAGAAGCCCAACAACAAGGCUCCCCUGAAGAGUGGAGGAGGAGACUCCUGGAUGAACCCCAUGAACAAACAGUUCUCCAACAUGGGGCUCCUGGGGGAUGAUCCUAGUGGGCGGCCUCUGGACUUGGCUCCUGGUCCUCCUCAGGAUAAGAAGAUGGAAGGAGAGAAGCGAGGGAUGGGUCUGAAUGACUACAAUGGAGAGAUGCGUAAAGGAGGGCAGAGAGCCAUGGGAGGAGGAGGGAUGGUCUACCGUUCACCUGGUUCCAAAGAGAUGGGGCUUGGCGACCCUGGGCCUUACUAUGACAAGGGUGGUCAUAACAUGUUUGGCAGCAGUGGUGGUGGGAUGCCCCCGUCCAGACACCAGCCCGGUGUGCCACCCAUAAACCCGUCCGCAGGGAUACGAGCACAAGUGCCUCAUCAGUUCCUGUCACCUCAGGUGCCAGGUUCUGUGCUGAAGCAGAUGCCGCCUCCCAACGUGGGUGGAGUCGGAGGUGUGGGUGGGGUGGGGGGUGUAGGAGGGGGCGUGUUCCCCCCUCAGCUGUCCCCCCAGCACAUCGCCAUGCUGAGCAGCAUCUACCCCCCGCACAUCCAGUUCCAGCUGGCCUGCCAGCUUCUCCUCCAGCAGCAGCAGCAGAACCCCCAGCAGCAACAGCUCACCUCACCACAGCAGCUCCAACAGCUCCUACAGAACCAGAGGAAGUUCCCCCAAAACCCACGCCAGCAGGCCGACCCACAACAGUUGGCCAGGAUCGUGGCUAUUCUCCAGCAGCAGAGGCAACAGCAGCAGCAGGGCGUCGGCGGGGUGGGAGUGGGCUCCAAACUGUCCCCCUCUCACCUGGGAGGGGGAGGCCCAAAACUGCCUAUGGCAGACUCCCUGCCCCAUCCAGGCAUGGGGGGCUCUGUGGACCUGCACCAGAAAACACAGGGCUACUCUGGGUACAGUGGAGGAGUGAACAUGUCUGGUCUGGACAUGGGGGGCUCGGUGGUGGGGGGCCCAGGGGGCAUGAAGGAUGUGGGGGGGCAGCAAUCCCGCUUCAAAUGGAUGAUGGAGGGUCAUUCUCCUGCCCCCUCUCUUCCUGAGAGCCUCCACAAAAACGGUCCUAUGUCCACCCCUAUGAGGAGGGGUGGCUCGCCAUACUCCCAGUAUGACAUGAUGGGAGGGGAGGGGCUAGGUAUGCCCACACAGGGGGACAACUGGCACCGUACUCCUGGGAACAAGAUGAGCUCCAAGCCCCAGGGCACAUCCAGCUGGCCUCCUGAGUUCCAGCCCGGCGUGCCCUGGAAGGGGAUCCAGAGCAUCGACCCCGAGUCUGAUCCCUACAUGACCCCAGGGAGCAUGAUGGGAAUCCCUGGGCCGUCCAGCCUCAAUGACACAGAGCACCAGUUGCUAAGAGACAACACAGAACCCAACCCCUCCCUGAACACCUUGCUGCCUUCACCUGGUGCCUGGCCCUACAGUGCCUCAGACAGCCCCCUCAACAACGCACACAACUCAGCAAAUUACACAGAGUAUAAGACCAGCUGGCCCCCUGAGCCCAUUGGACACAACAAGAUGUGGAAGACCAAUCGCAACCAACAGUCCCAGCAGCUGCCACGCCCACCCCCGGGACUCACCAAUCAGAAGCAGGCCUCGCCGUCCCGUGGCCCAUGGCAGGCCCGUGGCUGGGGCAGCUCGAGUGGGAUCCAGGAAACCAGAUAUGGCCCUGCAGGCUCUGCUUGGAGUGAUGGGGGGACCUCCAGAGGAAGCUGCUGGCUGGUGCUCUGCAACCUCACUCCACAGAUUGACGGCUCCACCCUCCGUACCAUCUGUAUGCAGCAUGGCCCCCUGCUGACCUUUCACCUCGGCCUGACCCAGGGCAGCGCUCUGAUUCGCUACAGCACCCCACAGGAAGCAGCAAAGGCCCAGAGCGCACUACACAUGUGUGUCCUGGGCAAUACUACCAUUUUGGCCAAGUUUGUGAGCGAAGAGGAGGUCGCUCGCUAUUUUGCACAUUCCCAGGCGGGAGGAGCAGGGUCCAGCGGAGCAGCCGGGGCCCCAGCGUCCAGCGGAGGCCAGGGGGGCCCCACAGGGACAGGCGCCAUGGGGGCCAACAGCAGCGGGGAGAGGGAACGAGACAGAACCAGAGAAGGAGAGGGAUCUGCCCCUGGAGGAGGAGGUAACGGAGGGGGAGGAGGCAGCUCGGGGCCUGUCAGCUCUGGCUGGCAGAGUUUAGACGGUACAGGAGGCUCACUGGAUCCUACCCCCACCCAGGGUCCCGGCCUGAGUAUGUUUGCCCAGUGGAGCAGCAACGGUUCUGGGGGAGGAGGGGUGGCUGGGGGUGUAGAGCCCGGCAGACAGGGUUUGUGGGGAGGAAUGGGGGGUGGAGGGUACCCCAGCAGUAGUAUGUGGGGGUCCCCUGCCAUGGAGGAUCGACACCAGAUGGGGAGUCCUGCUGCUCUGCUGCCUGGAGACCUGCUAGGAGGGGCUGAUUCUAUCUGAAUGACCACACCUAAUACAUGAACGCAUACAUUACGAAAAAACAUGCACUUACACAACUUCUCCCACACACACUCAGUGGCCAGUAUAUUAGGUACACCCAUCUAGUACCGGGUCAAACCCCCCUUUGCCUCCAGAAUUCUUCGGGGCAUGGAAAC